AAAUCCACGCUGGCCAUCGUGUCCUUUGCCCAAUACGAGUGGUUUGAGGAGUGGAAGGACAAGCAGGUCCACAAGAGGGGGGAGGAUUACGAGGAGCUGAAGAAGACCUUUGUGGACACCAUCAUGCAGACCGUCUUCAAGCUCUACCCUCGCAUCCAGGACAGGAUCGAGUACAUCUCUGGUGGGACGCCCCUCACCAACCAACACUACCUGGCCAGCCCCAGGGGGGAGUUCUAUGGAGUCAACCACGACCUCCCCCGCCUGCAGGCCGAGGCCAUCGCCACCCUGAGGGCACAGACAGCUGUCCCCAACCUCUACCUGACAGGUACCGUGGCCACCACCACCUUCCCAGCUGAGGACACCUCUGGGGAAGCCAAAUAUGGGGGAGAAAACCUUCAACAGCUGGCUGGAGAGGAGCCAGUGUGUGCCCAGGGGGGCCAAGGAGCCACCAGCAGCCUGGCUUGG